CCCUCCCCGUCGCUCUGGCCCGGGAGGCCGACCCCUCCCCGUCGCUCUGGCCCGGGAGGCCGACCCCUCCCCGUCGCUCUGGCCCGGGAGGCCUUGAACGCGGGCCCACCAGUGCUCUGUUUCUUGGCGGGGCGCCUCUCCUCCCCCUUUUGUUGAAAAAUCUCAACUCUUGAGGAACUUCUCCACGCGCUCCUCUGAUGAGCCUAACAAUCCGCAGACGGUCUGACGCCGGAGGCCUCCCCUAGCGGCCCUGCAGCCCGGCAGCUCGCUUCAGAGGUGGGCCCGGCGAGGCUGCUUUGCCCGGGUCGGCCAGCGGCUCCCGCCGGCCGCGGGACGGGCGUCCUCAGGUGCGUCCGCUGGGCGGGCCUGGCCUUCGGGGCGCAGGUGGGUGAUGCCGGGCGCGGUGACCCCCUGAUCUCCGUCGCCAGCCCCGGCCGCCCCGGCGUUGCCUGACCUUUCACACGCAGACCGUGAGAAAACCAGACAUUGCCGUGCGCCGCCCCAUGGGGUCGGGAAGACGGCCCGGCCCGGGACCCCAGCAGCUCUCCGUGCCCCUUGCGGUGCGGGAGGGGAAGGGAGGGGAGGAAGGAGAGGAGGCCGAGGGCGUCCCGGAGCCUCGGAGCCGCCCCGCCUCGGGUAAGCCCGUCUCUGGGUUCUGCUCCGGGCACGUUGUUCUCGUACAAAGGCCGCUUCCUCGCGGCAGCGGGAGAGGAGUCGGGGGUGCCCGCUCUCACUCGCUGGCUGGGGCUUUGGAUAAUAAAUUAUGGAUGUGCUGGAACCUGGGGACCCUCCCGCCAGCCCCGAGGCAGGGCAUUGGGGGGGGGGGGGGGCUGCCUUCCCUUCAGGACCACCCGCCCGCCAGCUGCCUCGGAAAGGAACGGAGAGUCAGGUCCGGUCCGGGUGGAAGCGGCUGAAGCUUCAUUCUCGGUGCGACCUUCCCUCCGUUUCCUGGUUAAACCACAGAAGCAGCCACGCGGCUGGAGAGCGUGAAGUUAAUGCUGUGUUGGCCCCGGCUGCCGAGGAGACCGCUGCCGCGUGCCUGGCGGAGGCCUCCGGGAGCUGGUGUCGCUGUCCUAGCACAGUUACGGAGGAAGGCAGGCGGUGCAGGGAGCUGGGGUGCUGUGCCCUCCUCGCAUCCCCCCAGAAAACCCCUGCUAAUGCGGUAUAGAAUGAGCCAAGGAGACUCAAACCCAGCAGCCAUUCCACAUGCAGCGGAAGAUAUUCAAGGAGAUGACAGAUGGAUGUCUCAGGUCAUUGUUGUCUGGGUAGGAACAAACAACCAUGAAAAUACAGCAGAAGAAGUAGCAGGUGGAAUCGAGGCCAUCGUACAACUUAUCAACACAAGGCAGCCACAGGCCAAAAUCAUUGUAUUGGGUUUGUUACCUCGAGGUGAGAAGCCCAACCCUCUGAGGCAAAAAAAUGCCAAGGUGAACCAGCUCCUCAAGGUUUCCCUGCCAAAGCUUGCCAAUGUUCAGCUCCUGGAUACAGAUGGGGGCUUCGUGCACUCGGACGGUGCCAUCUCCUGCCACGACAUGUUUGAUUUUCUCCAUCUCACAGGAGGGGGCUACGCAAAGAUCUGCAAACCCCUCCAUGAACUGAUCAUGCAGUUGUUGGAGGAAACACCUGAGGAGAAGCAAACCACCAUUGCCUGACUGGCUCCCAUCAGUGUUCAUUGCAUCCCCGCUUCCUGAGAUCAGUUAUGUCACUGGCACUACGGAAUCCUUCUCUUUCCUAAGGCACUUUGCGUUGUAGAAUGUUCCUGGAUGUUCAUAUCUAGUGUUUGAAAGGGAGGAGGGAUUGAAACUGGUCCUGUACAUAGGUUUGUUUGACACAGGAGAAAAAUUAGUUAAGGAAGAUGGUUGUUUAAAUUCAUUUGAAACCAGAAGGGGACUUUUUAGUUGUAUGUGUGACACAUUUAUUGAAUUAUCACUGUUUUACCUAGAAUGACAUCAAGCCUAAGUACUGAACAAAGUGAAGAUUCUUUUCUUGGCCUUUCUUUCUAUGGAUUAUGUCAUAUAUAAUAAUGAUCAGAAUCACAUCUACUUGACUUUACAACAUGGUUUUUUCUAGUUUUUAAGGUUCAUAAUUUAGCCUUUUGUUUCUAUGUUCCUUUAUUCGUGUAUUCUCAAAUGGACAUACUUGUCAUUCAUAUAUGGGAGAUGCUAUAGUUACAAGUGGGUUUGUUCCACUGUCUUAUCUUUCCCAGGCUUAGCAGUGAAGAAUAGGUUUUGCCCCAAUUGGGGAACUCUGUGGUGGGUAUUAUUUUUAUGCUGCUGAAUAUCAUGUCUGUAAUAGACCCAUGCAUGCAGCCUUUGCUCCUUUUUUGUAGGGUCCUUGUUGAUAUUACCAACUUUAACACAUUUCUUACCUAGGAGCUCUGUUGCUGGGUGUGUAAGUCCCCAGCCAGUUACUCUCAUGAUAUUCUGAUGUGUGGCUCAUUCUUGUGUGGUGUUCUGUGCUAGAGUCUGUGUAAUGCUAUCCAGAUGCAGAGUGGUUUGUUCCGUUUGCUUUUCCCUUAGAACCUGCUACAGUUUCUUUCUUUCCUUUUUUUUCGCCCCCCUUGGGUGUGUGUGUCGGGGAGGGGGGAGGAUCAGAUCAGACCUCUUCUAUUUUUCAUUCCAUAAGCCCUGACAUUAUUUCAAGUUUUGUAGUAUCUUAAGGUGUAUAUUUUAUUUUUGUAUUGUUUUAGUUUUUAAAUUAUAUGAGUCCAGAAAAGUUUGGCCUUUUCUCAUGGGGCAACAAGUAGAACUAUUCUUCAGAAUAAACAUCCUACUUGGUCCCCCCUCCUCCCCCAUCUUAGGCUUGUUUAACUUUCAGGAUUUUUUCUUAAUGAAUCUUCUGAGAAUUUCUUUCAAGAGAGCUCUUUAUUAGAUGGUUUGAGCUACAAGAACUGCCAUUUUAAAACAAUGGGACAAUGGAUGGUUUUUGUUCAGUAGACCUAUGAAAUGUAUACAAACUGGAUCUACAAACAGAUAUUUUAAACUGGACCAGGUAGAUAUUGAAGUAGCCCAUCCAGAUGUGCUCAGCAGUGAUUUUGCUUAACAUUCUGGUCUAGUAACUAAGACUUAUGUUUCAUGUCUGCUUGCCAGGCAGAUAGCAGUGCUGUGGGGGGCGGGGGAGGGGUGCUGAUUGGUGCCAAGCCUGUCCUGGUUGAGGGAUAGAGCUUCGGCUGAUGUGUUCUUUUCUUGUCAAGCCUCUUGCUAGGAAUUUUAUUGUUUUUUGUCUUUUUAAGAAAAAAAUACAUACUUUUCUGAAUGUAUCAUGUCUUCAUUAACAAAAGAAAAUACACAUGGUGUUUACUAAACUUGUUUACUAUUUUAAAAUUUUCUUUUUAUUUUUAGUAACCCAGGUUCUUGAAUUUUUCAAGACAGAUUUUUUUUUUCUUAGCUUGGAUAAAGUUCUAGGGAGAAUAACUAAUUAAGCCACAAUUUUGUGUGUGAAAAGACAGUUUCCUUUCCAGGUCUUCUGAUUGUCAGAGGGUGGGAGCCUGAGGGUGCUCCAGCAACAGAGGAUUCAGUCCCUGUGUGUGCUGGCCUCCAGCUCUUGUGCUCAUGUGUACAGACCUGAGAUAGCACUGCAUUUUCUACUUACCGGAUCUAUUCGAACAGUAGUAUUUGAAACACUAGACUCGUAAAUAAAAGUCUGCCCCAUUGCUACUGUGCAGAUAUUGAGUCCGCUUUCAUUUCUUGCCAGCACUGCCUUAGGCAAAAUGUGUUCAUCUAGGUGUCACCAAAAGUGAAUAAUUAUAAAGGCAGUGUUUAUUAAAAUACAUUUCAUUUUCAAAAUUGAGCUAUCAGCUGUUAAAGUUUGUAUAUAUUUUGGGGGGGAUACCCUGUAUUUUUCUUUCAUCAACAUCCAGGUUUGCUACAGUGACAGAACUUAAUGCUUAGUCUUUGGAUAUCUCUCUCUCUCUCUGUCCCUCUCCCUCUCCCUCUCCUUCCCCUCUCCCUCGUCCUCUCCUUCUUCCUCCCCUCCCUCCUCUAUAUAAAUUUAAUGCACCGUCCAGGUGAAAUGUCCUAGUUGUCAUUAUGAUUAAGGGGCCAACUUUGCAGAGGUAUUAUUCUAUUCCUCUAUCAGCAAAUUUUAAGUCCUUUGUCCACCCAUUCCUGCUACGUUAAGUAGCAGCUGGUGAUGACACUAUAAUGAUUUCUGCGGUCGCAUCUUGAAUGUGGCUGGUGAAAGAUGUACUGCCAGGGAUGAUCUGGGACCUGUUGUUUUGCUGCCAUAAUAUUCUAGACUGUCAUGGGCCUUUUUGGACUAUAUCUUUUGUCAAAAACCUAAACCCACACAAAACAUCUGGAGUAGCUUAUGCCCUGCUGUUACGAAUUCUGUCUCAUUGUUAAAUUCCAAAUUUCUUUAUUUUUUCAGCCUAGUCACUGUUUACAGUUGUCCGCUAAAGCCUGAAAUAUUGUUUGUGCUGUGGUGUAUGAGCAUUGCCAGUUUAUAUUUAUUGCAGUGAAGAAACUGAAAACAUUGAAAUCGUGGGCAUGUCCACGUUCCUAUGUUUGUGUGGGUGCAUGUGGGAGAAGUGAGUUGGGGUCUCUUGAAAGGAGGCUUUUUGGAGUGGGGCCUCCCAGCGUCUUGUUGGUGUUCCUGCUUGGGGAUCACUGCUGCUAGCGGACUGGACCUCCCUGGCAAGUCUGUGAUCUGCUUUGGCAAAGUUUCAUUGACCAGUGAACUCAUUCUGUUGUUGUAGUGCGUAUUUCAGUAUAAAUGUAAACAUUUCACUUAAACUGCUGUCUUUCUGCUUCCUUUAUCGAGUGAAUGGAGAAAAGAAGGGGUGGGUUUUUCCUAUCAUCUCACAAGCCAAUUGGAUACUUAGAUCUGCUUCUUUUCUGUGUGAAUGCACCAAGCUGACCCUCGGGUUAAUCUCCUUAGGGGUGUAGGCUGAUAGGGUGGGAUGAACAGAUACAAGGAAUCCUAAGUAGAUAUAUGGGAAAAUUGUUAAAGAAAGUGUUUCAGAUUGGUUAAGAAUAUCUGGCAGUUAAAAACAGAAUUAACUUUUAAAUGA